CCACAAUCAUGAUGUCAAAUACACAGCAAGUCAGCAAGUACUACUGGAACCAACUGAAAUCAUUCGAUCUCACGCAGACGCUACCUUGAAAUUUCCUCCACAGCUUGGUCGUAUUGUUGCUCGGCGGCUCGUCAUCGUUGGACAGACUUGCUAGUUGCUAGACAUCGUUUCAGGACUUACUCAACCCACCCUCAAAAGAUCCAAGCUGCCGCAGCUGUUUCACACCAGCACUGUUGAACACUUUCAGUCAAGAUUAAUAUCAAUCGACGCUCAACCUUUGUCAAUGAGUUACCAGGAUCAAUUUCGUGGUGAUCUUCGAUCAUCUGAAGGAACAUGGGAGAAACUUUCCCAGGUCACUGUCAAGGGUGCUGAAUACAACUCCCGUGAGCGCCAGCCCCAUCCAAAAUGCCUUAAAGAGACCCGGGUGGACCUUCUCGACUACAUCUAUGGAUUAUUGGACAAAACAGAUAAGAGUCGACUCAUUUGGCUGCACGGCACGGCGGGAGUCGGAAAGUCCGCUGUUGCGUUCACCGUAGCUGAAAGGAUGAGAGGUCUGAAAGUGACAGAGCGGACGAAUGUCGAAAAGCGACUCGCGGGAACAUUCUUUUUCUCGCGCAAGCACACGAAACGCCGCACGACUGGAUAUUUCUUUGCGUCGCUUGCCUACCAACUUGCCAGCAAUUUCCCCAGCAUCAGGGAGGAUGUGAACAGAGCCAUCCUCGAGAAUCCCGCCCUUCUAGAUCCUGACAAGUCUCUUCAGGAUCAGAUGGAGGCAUUGUUUCUCCGACCUCUUCGGAGGCUUCGAUUCAGACUGAGCGAGUCUUUGCCUUUGGUGUUUGUUAUCGAUGCCCUUGACGAAUGCACACCCGAAUCACUCGAUCCUGAAUCCCUCGAUGAACCCACCUCCGAAAGCGAGCUCGCUGAUCUCAUCUCCCUGCUUGGCGAAGCUCUUAGUGAACCUGAUCUGCCUGUCAUCCACAUUCUGCUCACGAGUCGCUCGGAAGAGCAUAUCCGUAAAGCUAUGCAAACCGAAGAGAUGCGCUCGUUGGUGUACGAGAUACCAGUGAAGACUUCUGGGAAG